CGAAGCGACUGCACUUUAACUCGGGGCGCGCUUAAGCGCUGGCCGAUAUGCAAUAGCCCCACGACACCAUCACUGCUCUCGAUCCCACAAUGGCGGUUCGAUCCGAGUCGCAGCAGGCGAUACUCUCGUCCUAUGCGCCGAGGUUGCGCACAUACAACAAUGCACUUCUGCAGCCAGUUCUCCCAGGCGCCGCGCCUUCAAACCCGCUCGCCCGCACCACCAAGAGAGGCACGACGAUCAUCAAUUACGCUGAAGACGGUUAUGACGACUACGAUGACGACGAAGAGGACGGCCGCCGCCGGCCCACCGGCCUGCGCAGCCUGCGCCGCGACGAUAGCACCACCAAGGUCGACCCCAGCGAGAAGGUCGGCAAGGACACAAGCCAGCCGGUAGAGGUGCAGGGCAUUUACCGCGACUGGAUGGGGAAGAUGCGGCCUAACCGAUCCGAUGCCAUGAACUACGUUCAAGCCUGCCUCCCGCUCACGCUAAUCCCCAUCCGCAUCGAUCUAGACAUACCAGCUUUCACUCCGCAGCCUCCAUUGCCAGCGCCUGGGCCCGUCGACCCGACUCAUCCCUUCUACAAACCCCAGGAAGCGACCGUCCCGUACCGCCUGCGAGAUACCUUUCUAUGGAAUCUCCACGAGAGCUUGAUUACAACCGACCAGUUCGCCACCCAGUUGGUCCAGGACCUCGACCUUCCCAAUCGCGCCUCUACCAUCGCCGAAAUCAGCAAACAAAUACGGACCCAAUUAGAGGAGUACGCCGGCGUCGCCCUCCAUCCUCUCUUCCACUCGCACACCAAUCGCGCAAACGGCCCCGAGCCUCCCAAGGUGAACGGUGGGCUUGAGUCGGCCACCCCAGGUCCAACCGCGGCCUUGUCGCUCAGCAGGGCGGACACACCAAUGGGCAGCACCAAUAUCCCACCAACACCUUCCAAGACCCCAGCCCCGGCCACGCCAGCCGUAGUGCAGACAUCCCAAGGGGAGGUAACAGCGGCGGCAACGCCUAUACCUGUAGAGCCAGAUGACUUCAGCCCAGAUGACACGUACCGCUGCAUCAUCAACCUCAACAUCAACCUCUCCUCACAGAUCUAUACGGACAAAUUCGAGUGGUCGCUCCUCCACCCGCCGGGCACCGCCGAGAUCUUUGCCAAACAAACCUGCGCAGAUCUCGGUCUCCACGGCGAGUGGAUCCCCGCCAUGACGCACGCCAUCUACGAGGCGGUGCUCAAGCUCAAGAAAGAAGCCUGCGAAGCUGGCGGGCUCGUCGCCGGCUGGGGCAACGCGUCCGGGACCACACUGGGAGGCGGCGCCGAGUUCCCCAACGACGCGGCCCUCACGGCCGGCGGCGAGGGCGCCGGCUGGCGGUACGACCCCGAGCAUCUCGCUGACGAGUGGGAGCCUAAACUCGAGACCCUCAGCAAAGAGGAGAUCGAGAAACGGGAGGGCGACCGCGAGCGGCAGAUCCGUCGAUUGCGGCGCGAGACGGCCCGGUUCAGCAGCAACACCGGCAUGGCGGGCGGUGUGCCGAUCGGCUUUGCGUUUUCCGGGCUCAUCGAGCAGGAGGAGGAGCGCAUGGGUAGGGGAGAGAGGAAUAAGAAGAAGAAGAGGUUCAGGAGUCUGUCGCCGCUGGCGAGGUCCGGCACGCCCGGCGGGCGGGGGACUCCGACCGCUGGGGAGGGUUACGGUGGCGGGGGGACGCUGACCGAGGCGGAGCGGAUGAAUUGGCGUUGUUCCCAUUGUAGGGUAUGGGGAACGAGCGUGUGGGCGGUGAGGGAUGGGCCUCUGGGACCAAGAUCGUUAUGUAACAACUGCGGCUUCAUAUACGAGCGCGACCGGAAGCUGCCCCGAUGGACGAGAAUGCUACAUGCCAACGAUGCCCGGCCGUUCUAGGUGGGCGGUGCGGGCACAAACGGCACCAAGCAAGUCCGAGCUGACGGCUACUACGCAGUAACACCCCGCAAGUCGCGCAGGCUGACUC